AUGUCCAGCGAACACGACGCACCCAACGACUUCGAGGACAGCGAAUUUUGGCGCCACGGCGAAGCAGAAGAGGCGAGCCCACUGUUGCACUGCGACCACACCGGCAUCGCGACGAAGUUGUAUGAGGCGGACGUCGCACUGGCGAAUUUCGAGCGCCAGGGCAACGAUUUCUGGCAGCAUUUCAACAUCAGCAUGAACAGCCUUCCACAAGGGACCUACACCACCUACUCCUCGCUCUACCCAGUGCCCGAGGUCGUUCUCCCAUCCAGAGCGCCGGCAGAAAUCCAAGAACCUAUCUUCCCAACCCUCGGCCAUUCUGUGCUUCCUGCGCCCAUCUGGAAGGAGCUGCCGUUGAUCGACUACUCCGACUCCAACUGCCAGACGCAAUACACCGACAGGGUGCGCUUCCGCCUCCGCCACGGCGAAGAGGGUCUCCCGCUCGCCGCGGUCCCGGGCAGGGGAGUCCCGUGGGGCCAGCUGGACAAAGAAGACGCCGAAGCGUUCGAUGACGCCUGGGAGGAGCCGGUGAACACCCGGAUUCAUUUUCGCCUGCAGGCGAGUAUCAGCGCGCUCCGUUCUACGUGCCCCCCAAGCGCCGUGCUCACGUACCUGGCCGCGGGCACAGUUUCAAGGCCUCGCCCCGCCGACAAGCAGAUCCGGGCGCGGCGGGAGACCCCCGGGCGGCAGUCGAUCCCGCUCGGCGAGCUGGCGCGUGUAAUCUGCGAGAGGGUGCGGUGGGCCAUCGUGGCCCAGGAGCCGUACUACAAGGGCCGACGGUUUGCGCUCGAGCACCUGCGGCUGAUGGAGCUUCGCCGCGUGGCGAAGGCGUCGUGGCAGCCGGUGCUUCACAUCAACGAGACGGCACUCCUGGGCUUGUGA